UCUCUCUCUCUCUCUCUCUCUCUCUCUGUGAAGUGGCUAGUGUGUGCCCUAGUCAGAACUCACUGGAGGAGCUGAGUAUAUGCCUAAAAAUCCCAGCACUUGGCAGGUAAAGGUGGAGGAUGAAGAGUUCAAGGUCAUCUGAACUCUUACAAAUCAGUACAUAAAGAGUCUGAAGUCUGCUUGUGCCACAUGAAACCUUGCCUUAAAAAAAAGCCUUUGAGAGCCAGGCGGUGGUGGUGCAUGGGAAGCAGAGGUAGGUGAAUCUCUGUGAGUUCAAGGCCAGCCUGGUCUACAAAGCUACACAGAGAAACCCUGUCUCAAAGCAAAAUGCCAUUGAUGGGCAGCAGGGGUAAUCUGGUCGUCGUGUCUUCCAAAGUGCCCCAGUGGGCAUGGGGCCAGGUUUAUAGGGAAGAAUGAAGCAGCUGGGACUGGAAGGCCAGUGCAGGUGGCAAGUGUGGGUGGUUCAGGGUUUAUUGAUGGAGCCAAGAUGUGCGGGGGACAGCAAUUCAGGUAAAGUAAUCCAAGGGUGGAGGGGUCACUUUAGAGGGAGAUUGACAUAUGAGAGGUGCCUGCUGGUAUUCCAGUGCCAGGACUAGCAGAAAGUGUUACAGGCUAGAGGUUCAAGUUUGGAAGAUUCCCUGUAUAUGGCCUGAGCCCAGGAUUCUAUUUUUUUCCAGGGCAGCUCUACAACCAUAGCACUUCUUAGUGCCAUGCCCGAGAGUGAAUAGCUAUGACUGUGCAUACAUGCAUUGAGUGACAGGUCCUUCCAAAGCAAAGUCCCAUUGUCCAGGACCAAAGUCAGCCCAGAGCUAAGCUUCAAUGUCUUUGUUGUUUCCUGUGCACAUCUUACAAUGACAGAAGUAGGUAUACCAGAGAAAUGGCAAACUGUCAAACAAGGCUUUAACAGAGAUCCAGUUGUUAAAUACUACACGUGGCUAGGUAGGUCUACCCAGGAACUCCUGUUCCAGAUCCUGCUGGUAAGCUUUAGGCUCCUAUGAUUGAGAUCUCAAGAGGUGGCUAAGACUGAAGCUGAGAUAAGAGAGUUGAAUCCACACCUGAGAGGGCACCAGGUAGCCCUACUGUGUGAGGCAGAGAGGCAGAAGGGGUGGGCACUGAAAGUGUAACAUCCUGUGAAUGUGCGUGCGUGGGUGUGUUCAUUCUUGCUGUGGGAGUAUGCAUGUGUGUUCCUAUGUGUGCAUGUGUAACUGAUCACAUAAGCUCACUCUUCUUUAUGAAUGAGCAUUUGGAUAUUUAAGUCUUGAUUCUUUGCAUGUGUGGUUGGGUUGGUAAAUAAGUGUCUAUGAGCGUUAGUAUAUAUGAAUGUGUGUGCCAGCAUGUGUGUGUACAUGUGUAUUUAUGAAUGUGCACAUCUUUGUGUGUACAAUUGUGUCUGAAUGCAUAUGAGUAUGCAUUAUGUCAUGCACACCUGUGUGCAUAUGAAGAUAACUGUGUAUGCUGUAUGUGCACAUGAAUGCUUGCAUACAUAACACACACACUUGUGAGUGCAUGUGUGUAUGCACAUGAGGGUGUGUGCCUCUGAUUGCCUAUAUGCGGUCCCAAGAGGGGAUUCACAGAUGUGAGGAUGUGGGAGCAUUUCCUCAGGAACCCCUGUUGUCCUGCUGGCUGCCCCCUCUUCCUGCCCUGAUAGGAGAGGCCCGAGCUACAUAAAGAGGCCUGGAGCUACCACUCCCGAUGCUGGUCCAUACCUGCUGCUGCUACCACCUAAGACCUGCCUGGGGGAGGGAGCCUGAAGUGUCAGUGUUGAAUGCUUGGGGGACUCCUGGCCCAAGCCUUCCCAGCAGCAGGUCCCACCUGCUUGCUCCCAUGACCAACAUGAGCUGGAGCUUCCUGACGCGGCUGCUGGAGGAGAUCCACAAUCAUUCCACCUUCGUAGGCAAAGUGUGGCUCACUGUGCUAGUGGUCUUCCGAAUUGUGCUAACAGCUGUGGGUGGAGAGUCCAUCUAUUCGGAUGAGCAAUCCAAGUUCACCUGCAACACGCGACAGCCGGGCUGUGACAAUGUCUGCUAUGAUGCCUUUGCGCCCCUGUCGCAUGUGCGCUUCUGGGUCUUCCAAAUCGUGGUCAUCUCCACGCCAUCUGUCAUGUACCUGGGCUAUGCAGUCCACCGUCUGGCGCGUGCCUCGGAGCAGGAGCGCAGACGUGCCCUGCGUCGUCGCCCUGGCCCCCGGCGUGUGCCCAGGGCGCAGCUGCCACCACCGCCUCCUGGCUGGCCGGACACCACCGAUCUGGGAGAGGCGGAGCCCAUACUGGCGUUGGAGGAAGAGGAGGACGAGGAGCCAGGGGCGCCCGAGGGUCCUGGGGAAGACACGGAGGAGGAGCGCGCAGAGGAUGUGGCUGCCAAGGGGGGCGGAGGUGAUGGCAAAACGAUGGUGACUCCUGGCCCAGCGGGGCAGCACGACGGGCGGCGGCGCAUCCAGAGGGAGGGCCUGAUGCGCGUGUAUGUGGCCCAGCUGGUGGUAAGGGCGGCCUUCGAGGUGGCCUUUCUGGUGGGCCAGUACCUGCUGUACGGCUUCGAGGUGCCGCCCUUCUUUGCCUGCAGCCGCCAGCCUUGCCCGCACGUGGUGGACUGCUUCGUGUCACGGCCAACCGAGAAGACAGUCUUCCUGCUGGUCAUGUAUGUGGUUAGCUGCCUCUGCCUGUUGCUCAACCUCUGUGAGAUGGCGCACCUGGGCCUCGGCAGUGCGCAGGAUGCUGUGCGCGGCCGUCGGGGAGCCUCAGCGCCAGGUCCCGGCCCCGUCCCGCGCCCGCCGCCCUGCGCUUUCCCGACCGCCACCGCCGGCCUGGCUUGCCCUCCCGAAUACAGCCUGGUGGUGCGCGCGGCUGAGCGGGCACGGGCGCACGACCAGAAUUUGGCUAACCUGGCCCUGCAGGCACUGCGCGAUGGGGCGGCAGCGGCGGCGGUGACCGCGGACCGGGACAGCCCGCCAUGUUCAGGGCUCAAUGCAGCCUCUAGGGGGGCACCCAGGGUGGGCGGCCCAGCUUCCGGAACCGGUAGCGCCACAUCGGGGGGCACCGUUGGGGAGCAGGGCCGGCCGGGGGCUCAGGAACAGCUGGCUACUAAGCCCAGGGCUGGCUCUGAGAAGGGCAGUACAGGCAGCAGGGAUGGCAAGGCCACGGUGUGGAUCUGAGGGCAUAGGGGAGAGCUCAGGGAGUGCCUGGCAUAAGGGUUCAAUGGAAAUCUUUCUGUUCUCAACCAGUGGCCGCUGAUAGAUCCCCCUUACGGGACUUUAGAAAAGGAAGCAGAAGGCCCUUAAGAGGGACUGGCUCCAUACCCCCAUGCAGGAUGGGAAGGGGCGUCACCAGGGUCUUCUCUGUAGCUCCUAAGGAGGGGGAGACGGGGCAGAGCUGUGUCCUCGGAACUGACUGCCCCUCUAGGCUGUUAAGCAGGAUGACCCCUCCCUGGGCAUGCCAGCCUUUCUUCCUAGGCUCACCUGUAGCUUCCCCAUAGAAUGGAGGUGUCUGGCAUGAACUGUUUGGGGACUGUGCUUAUCCUCAUUAAAACAGCAGCCCCUUCAGCCCUUACAGAGCCAUAGAAAUCCCAGGUCAGGGACAAGCAGACGACAGCCUUGGUCUGCUCCCAGCUCUUGAUUCCCUGUUUGAGACAACUGCCUGAGACCUGAAGGAGGCCUGGGUUGAGGACAGCCUCCUCUCCCUGAGCUGAGGUAGCCUGGCAUGGGCCUUUUCUAGGACACCCUGGAAAUUCUGUCAUGCCUUGCUGCUUAGAUUCAUAAGGCUGUGGUCCAGGGCUGUGGUUUUGGCCAUGUUGGAAAAAUUAGAGCUCUGGGGAGCCUGUCCCCAUCUUUUGCGCCCUUCUCCCUGUUUUAAAGCCAACUUCCGGAACAAAUGAAAUUAAAUAAAACUAACUUUUUGUUUAUA